GUGACACCUUUAUUUUUCCUUAUUCCUUUUCUUCUUUUUUUUUUUCUCUCUUUUCCCAAUAAAUAUUUUAUAUAUAAAACCCUUUUUGCCUUAACACCCAUAGCUACAUUUUUUACACGUACCUUGCUUGCAUUCUCAAAAACUCAAUCUUCUUCUUCAUCUUCUUUUUUGCCCUACUUGUUGGGGUUUCAGAUGCUCUUGAGCUUUGUUUUCCUGAUAAUAACAAUAACAACGACAACAGUUCUUUGUGGAGGGUUUUGUGCUUCUGAGGCAUUGUUUGGAUUUUGUUUCUUCUGGAUUAUUAGUCUUUGCUCAUGCCUACCCUUGUCAAUUACAGUGGUGAUGAUGAAUUCUAUUCUGGGGGUUCUUUUUACCCAAAUCCUAUGGAUUUGGGUUGCUUGUUCUCAAUUGUUUCCCAAGUGGAUGUGUACUGCCCCCCAAGCAAGCGGCCUCGAAUUAGUGCCCCAUUCAUCUUUGGAAGAAAUGAACUUGAGCAGGACAAGAAACCUUCCAUUGAAGUUCUUCCUGAUGAAUGCCUUUUUGAGAUCUUCAGACGCCUUGAUGGAGGCAAAGAGAAGAGCUCUUGUGCUUGUGUCUCCAAGCGUUGGCUUAUGCUUUUGAGUAGCAUCCGUAAGGCUGAAAUUUGCCAUGAGUUUCCGGUUUCUAAUGAUGUUGAUAUGGUCACUGGUGAUGAAGAUCAAGAUCUUGAAAGUGACGGAUACCUUUCAAGGUGUUUGGAAGGGAAGAAAGCUACGGACAUUAGGCUUGCUGCAAUUGCAGUUGGAACUAGUAGCCAUGGGGGACUAGGAAAGUUAUCAAUCCGUGGAAGCAACUCUCUUCGUGGAGUCACAAACCUUGGCCUCUCAUCUAUUGCCCAUGGUUGCCCUUCUCUUAAGGCUCUUACUUUGUGGAAUGUUCCUUAUAUUGGAGAUGAUGGACUAUCUGAGAUAGCUAAAGGAUGCAAUUUGUUGGAGAAGCUUGACCUUUGCCAGUGUCCCACAAUUUCCAACAAGGCUUUGAUUGCAAUUGCAGAGAAUUGCCCAAAUUUAACUUCUUUGAAUAUUGAAUCAUGCUCAAAGAUUGGGAACGGGGGCUUGGAAGCUAUUGGAAGGCUUUGCCCCAAGUUACACAGUGUCUCUAUCAAAGAUUGUCCCCUUAUUAGGGAUCAUGGAGUAUCAAAUCUUUUGUCUACAGCUUCUAUGUUGUCAAAGGUCAAGCUUCAGAGCGUGAACAUCACAGAUUUCUCCCUUGCCGUGAUUGGGCACUAUGGCAAAGCUAUUACAAAUCUAGUCCUUAGUGGUCUCCAAAAUGUGAGUGAGAAAGGCUUUUGGGUCAUGGGUAAUGCUCAGGGUCUCCAAAAACUGACGUCGUUGACAGUUACUUCUUGUCGUGGGAUAACAGAUGUGAGUCUUGAAGCCAUCGGGAAGGGAUGCAUCAACCUGAAGCAGAUGUGCCUUCGCAAGUGCUGCUUUGUAUCCAACAAUGGAAUGGUAGCUUUUGCCAAAGCCGCAGGAUCAUUGGAGUGCCUCCAAUUGGAAGAGUGUAACAGGGUCACCCUAUCGGGGAUUGUUGGUGCCCUCUCAAACUGUGGUACAAAGUUGAAGUCUCUUACCCUAGUGAAGUGUAUGGGAAUCAGGGAUAUGGCUUUGGGAUUUGCUAUGCCCUCUCCUUGCACGUCUCUUCGAUCCUUGUCCAUAAGAUACUGCCCUGGAUUUGGUACUGCUAGCCUGGCUAUGGUGGGUAAGUUGUGCCCUCAGAUUCAGCAUGUAGACUUGAGUGGACUUUGUGGGAUAACUGAUGCUGGGCUUCUCCCUCUUCUAGAGAGCUGCGAAGCAGGACUUGUGAAAGUGAAUCUCAGUGGCUGCUUUAAUAUCACAGAUGAUGUAAUUUUGGCCUUGGCUAGGCUACAUGGAGGAACCCUCGAGCUGCUCAACCUCGAGGGAUGCAGGAAGAUUACUGAUGCUAGCUUGGUGGCAAUCGCAGACAAUUGCUUGUUACUCAACGAUCUAGAUGUGUCAAAGUGUGCAAUCACCGACUCUGGUGUUGCAGUGCUUUCUUGUGCAGAGCAGCUCAGUCUGCAGGUCCUUUCAUUGUCAGGUUGCUCUAAAGUAUCAAACAAGAGCAUACCUUUCCUGGAAAAAUUGGGUAAGACGCUGGUGGGAUUAAAUGUCCAACACUGCAAUUCAAUCAGCAGUAGUACAGUUGAGCUGCUCCUAGACUCUUUGUGGAAAUGCGAUAUUCUCUCCUAAUCGGGGAUGGAACCUUACACUUUUGCUGGAUCAAGAGGCGGAUAUAGCGGUGUUGAAUCAGAUUAGGAAAUCCAAAACUCUAGUAUGACCUCAAAAUAUAGUAGAUGCAUAAAGCUCUUAAGUCAACUCACAUGGUUGGUAGUUUCAGCAUACCUUUUCGGCCCAUCCUCAGUGGGGGUGCCUAUGGCUCAGUGGCUUGGUUGUUUUCCGGGGGACUCUGGCAGAUCACUUAUCCAACCUUUUUUGCAGGCUUUCCCAAUAUAGGAAAGCUUGUUCAACUAUUUUGCUCCCCAUUAAUGGGAGGCUGCUUACUUUAUUGCCAUGGUUCCCUGAAAAUACAGUUACCAAGUCCUGGUUUGAGGUUCCCACUUGCUCCUGGUUUUGUUUGCUGGAUGUUCAUACCCCCCAGUGUUUUAGCUUGGUUACAGGUUUUCGAUAGUGUUAAGCUUUCUUUAUUUCCAGUCUCACAAAGUCUGUUGUCAGAUUCAGUCCUAGUUUUUAGUGUCUAAUAAGGUUCCUGAAGUUGUUUGGGAUCCUUGUUUUCUACAUUCACAAGUGUGGUUGCUUUGUGCAGUUCUAAGCGAUGGUUUCCUUGGAUAUAUUGGUUGUAGCAUGCAGUGGUGGUGGCAGAUACUUCAUCGUGUUUGCCAUGACAACCUUGUUGGUUGUUGUUGUUAUUGCUGUCUUUAGCUUUUGCAGGUUUCUCUUGUUUAUGGAUUGUACACUGCAACUACUUUGUUGUUUAGUAAUGAAAUGGGGUCUUUUUUGUUA